AUGCAAGUUGAUACAAUAUUAAAUUUUUUCGAUUGUCAUCAUAAGUUUAUAUGUCCUUAUAAAACAUCGAAACUUACUGGCAUGACAAAAAAGAAAGACAUCGAAGAUUUUAUCUUAAAAAAUUAUGAAUGUUUUAAGUCUCCAAUUGAUAUUCGGAUUCUUGAUCAACAUGCUGGCGAUGUCACUUUGGAUGAUAAUUAUAUAGACGACUACAAACCUUUCAUUCCAAAUGCAACCGUGACAACUAGUGCUGAACCAACCAAUUCAGCAAAAACAACAUUAACAUUGCAAAUUAUUUUAUUACAUUAUGCUUCUAAUUCAACUAUCGAACAAGAACCUGUGAAUAUUGUAGCAGGUACCCCGCAAAAUGAAGAUACUCAACAAAUUGAUCAGGUUGUGUCAACUUCAACAUCACAAACACAUUGUAUUGUUUCUUUCCAUAACGCUUCAAAAAUGGCUUUUAUUGAUGGUUUCAAUGUCAACAAUGAACAAAGAGAUCAAUACAUUUCUGAUGCAAUAAAUGUGGAUACAGGAGCUACCGUUGGUAGCCUUAGUAUGAUUCAAGCUCCAAAAACUUCAAAACAAAAAUAUGGAUGUAGAUUGCCUCGAUUUCGAAUUGGAGAUGAUGAACUUAAAAACGGCAAUAAUCACGUCUUGACUUUGCUUGUUUACAUUGUAUUGGAUGUAUAUCAAUCUGGAAAACACUGGCUCUGUUAUCAUCCAGGACGAGCUUUUGUCGAAAAAGAUAAUCUAAGACAAUUGUUGAAAUGGUAUAAAAUACCUAUUGAAACUAAGAAAUGGACGAGCGACAAAGGGGAGGAACUUAAAUUAAUAAUUGUUGCAAUUAAAGAAGCAAAAAACCACUCUAGUGCACCUCUAAAUAUUUUAUGUGAAUUCGCAGAUACAGAUGUUAAUGAAAGAAAUUUAUUACAUUAUAGAAAAUCUCGUCUAGCUCUUGUUCUUCAAAAAGAUGGUGUUACUCAAUGGAAAACUUUAGUUCUAUCCAAUGAAAUAUUUUUCACAAAUAGUACAUCUCAAACAAUAUUAAAUGCUUCACCAUCCAGUUUACAACUUCUUGUAGAUUCAUCUCAAAUCAACAGCUCACUUGGAAACUCAAAUAAUAUGCAUAAUAAUCAUCUUAAUGAUUUAAAUGUUCUUGAUCAAAUGGAUGCGAACAGCAUCAUACUAAAUAUUGAUCCUUCACUCUAUGAUGCUGCUAGUUCUUUGUUCGCUGAUAUUGCUGGUUAUGAUACUAACUGUCCGGUCUGUGGUACUCCUGGUUAUGAUAUUAUUUGUUCGCGCUGUGGUUCGUCUCAAGACGAUGCUCAUUGA